AUGAGUUCUCCCUCCUCCUCGCCGGGUGGCUCCGGCGAUGGCUCUGGUGACGGCUCCUGCGAUGGAUCGAAACCGUCGAUAUCUUCACGAAGGGAGAACGACACCCCACGGGCCUCCAGAAAUGUGAAAUCAUUCAUAAGGGUGGUGGAAUCGUGCCAGGGGGAGGGGAGGCGGAUUACUCAGACUGGUGCGAGGAACGAAUGCCCAUACAAGGGCAGGCUUGGCUUGGUGGCAAAGACCUUAAGGCCAGGGUAG